CCACACUUCCACAGACAUGAGGAGCCCCCCAGGCCUGCUGCUCUGAACAUCUGAGGUCAGAGGUCAAAGGUUCAUCGGGGCAGUCAUGGCUGACAGAGAGGGGCUGAGUGUGGCCCCGGGCCAGGUUUACAUCGAGGUGGAAUACGACUACGAGUACAAGGCCAAAGACAGGACGGUGACCAUCCGCCAGGGCGAGUGCUACCUGCUGGUGAAGAAGACCAACGAGGACUGGUGGCAGGUGAGGAAGGACGAGGGCGCCAAGGCCUUUUACGUCCCGGCCCAGUACGUCAGGGAGGUGCGCAGGGCGCUGAUGCCGCCGCCGCUGCAGAAGCCCGCGCUGAGGGCCAAGCCCACCGUUCUGGAUAUCUGCAGGGCGUCCGAUGAAAACCUCAACAGGCCUCAGCCGGAGAUGACCAGCUUCGGGCGUCCGUCGCCCUCCUCCACCCCGUCACCGUCCUCUGACCGGGUCACUCCGCCGGUUCUGCCAAAGGACGCCAACCAAAACCUGGGGAGUCCGCAUCACUGCAAGGUGGUAGCGGAACUAGUGCUCCUUCACAAUAACAACAACCAUCACCACGGCAACAGUUCCACGUUGCCGCGGACACGGGCGGAUUCUCCUCCCCUUAAAGUUGGAAACGACCACAACAGAAGUCCGGAUAGUGAAAAGAUGUCCCCUCCGAGCGAUCCGCCGGGAGGACUGGACAAGCUCCGCAACGACUCGGAGUCCGGAGACGAGCUGAGCAGCAGCUCCACGGAACACAUGCAGACUACAUCUCCUACGGGUCAGGGCCGCUCCGACUCCCCGGUCUACACCAACCUCCAGGAGCUGAAGAUCUCCCAGUCCAGUCUGCCCCCCGUCCCCUCGGGCUCCCCCCUCCACAUCCUGGGCGACUGGGAGACUCACAAGGACCUGAGCGGAAGGCAUUUCUACUACAACCGGGCCACGGGGGAGCGCACCUGGAAGCCCCCCCGCACCAGGGACGCCAGCGGGAGCACCAGCAGCUUCAGAGGAGACAGUCAGGGCACGGCCGACGGAGAGCUGCUGUCCUCAGAGGAGAACUGUCCCAGCACCCACUCCAGUCAGUCGGACAGUCAGUACGGAUCGCCCCCUAGAGGCUGGUCUGAGGAACUGGACGAGCACGGACACACGCUGUACGUGUCCGAAUACACCCAGGAGAAGUGGAUCAAACAUGUGGACGAGCAGGGCCGUCCUUACUACUACAGCGCUGAUGGAUCCAGGUCUGAAUGGGAGCUGCCCAAGUACAACAUCUCCCCUCAGUCCGGUGAGAUUCCAAAGAGUCGCAGUCUGGAGAGGAAGCAGCAGGACCCCAUCGUCCUCACCAAGUGGAGGCACAGCACCUACGUCUUAGACCUCAAUGAGAAGGAGUGUGCUCCGGCGCCCAAGCACAGCCCUCCAGACUCUGACUCCUGCCCCUCGUCUCCUAAGCACCCCUCCACCCCGUCGGAGAAGUGUGGAGUCCUCAACGUCACCAAAAUCACAGAGAAUGGAAAGAAAGUCAGGAAGAACUGGACGUCGUCGUGGACGGUGCUGCAGGGUUCCUCUCUGCUCUUUGCGAAGGGUCAGGGGGGCGGUACGAGCUGGAAGUUCGGCAGUAACCAGUCCAAGCCCGAGUUCACGGUGGACCUGCGUGGGGGGGCGGUGGAGUGGGCCUCCAAGGACAAAUCCAGCAAGAAACACGUCAUCGAGCUGAAGACCCGUCAGGGAACAGAGCUGCUCAUCCAGUCUGAAAUUGACAGCGUCAUCAAUGACUGGUUCCGGGCCCUGACUGAGACCAUCACCACACAUGCCUGGGAGUCUGAUGAGGCCAUCGAGGAGGACAUGCCUGAGUCUCCAGGAGCAGAGAAACAAGACAAAGAGAAAGACCACCGAGACUCAAAGAAGAACAGGGUGAUGAAGACCUCGGUGAGUAUGGACUCAUCAGACCAGAAGAAAACCAGGAUGAAGUUGAAGAAGUUCCUGACCCGUCGGCCCACAUAUCAGGCGGUGCGAGACAAGGGCUACAUCAAAGACCAGGUGUUCGGCUGCAGUCUGACCAGUCUGUGCCAGAGGGAGAACACCACCGUGCCCAACUUCGUCAAAAUGUGUAUCGAGCACGUGGAGAACACCGGUCUUAGUAUCGAUGGCUUGUACAGAGUCAGUGGGAACUUGGCAGUGAUCCAGAAGCUCCGCUUUGCUGUCAAUCACGAUGAGAAGGUGGACCUGAACGACAGUAAGUGGGAGGACAUCCAUGUGACCACCGGAGCUCUGAAGAUGCUGUUCAGGGAACUGCCAGAGCCGCUCUUCACAUACGGAGCCUUCAACGACUUCGUCAACGCCAUCAAAUGCUCAGACUACAAGCAGCGAGUGAAUUCAAUUAAAGACUUAAUCAAGAAGUUGCCAAAACCCAACCACGACACAAUGCAGGUCCUGUUCAAACACCUGCGGAGGGUGAUCGACCACGGCGAGGCCAACCGUAUGACCACCCAGAGCGUGGCCAUCGUGUUCGGACCCACGCUGCUCCGACCCGAGACCGAGACGGGCAACAUUGCGGUCCACAUGGUCUACCAGAACCAGAUAGUGGAGCUGAUUCUGCUGGAGUAUGAGAGCGUCUUCGGCAGGUAGAGGCCGACGGAGGACCACAGCGGACCGCCGCCGCCACCACUGCUGCUGCUUCCACUUUUUUCUCGCCCUUUUUUUCAGACUGAACAGUGCUGUGGACCAGUGGGAGAACAAACUCAUUCAUUACAGUUUACAAAAUGUUGACAAGACGUUGCACUUA